AUGGACAGUUCUCCUCCAAUGGCUGUUCCUCGCCCGCCAUCUCCGUUAGCCUGCAAGAAGGCGCGGUUGUCAAAAUCCACAUGUGCCGAGCCAUGUGUCACACGGCAGGUGUCUGUCGCGCUGCUGGCACUGGCGCUGGUGCCCUGCGGCCCCCAUCUGUCGACACAGACAGCCACCGACUUCGGGACGAUCCGUGACCUUAUGCCUCCCAUGAUGGUGCACGAUCGAUGUACGGUGAUUGCACCGGAGUUCACGACCUCGCUCAGUAUGCCAAUGGGCCACAUCAUGCCUGCAGAGGCAUUGCUGCAGGCAUCACUUGAUGAACUCGAAGCGGCUUCUCAUGAAGUGCGCAUGGACAUCGCGAAGCAAAGUCAGAGUGACCGCAGGACCGGCGUCUCAUAUGAACGUCACGUCCGGAAUUACUUCUUCUGGUGGGCAACCUUUCAACAGCAAGAGACAGCCAAAGUCCCAGGUCGCAUUGCCGUCCCGGCGGAGCCGAUCACGGCUGCGAAGGCCAUCAUGUUUCUCCAAUAUGAAAGUACCCGCCCAAAGAGGAAACGUGGCAGCAUGGACGUGCAAGACGGGACGACCAUCGGGAAGUCUAGGAUAGCGCAGGCAAUCUCAGCACUCGAGAGCCAUCGCAAGAACUGCGAGCAUCUGCACAAGGAUGUGCCGGAUGCGAGGAUCAGCCUCCGCGCGGACCAGCGCAUCUGCACCAUUGAAGAUGCCGUGAAGCACAACGAGCCUCUAAGAAUUGAGAGAGCUCAGGCACUCAAGGCUGCGAGGACAUCAUCAGAUACCUACAGCAACAUCCAGCUAAUGAACGCAGCAACCGGCUUCCUCAACAUCUCCUCGGGAGUUCGCAAGCUUGUGACACACAUCAGAGAUCGCGCCAUGCUCACAUCGUCGAGCACAGCUUUUCGGGGUGACAACCUUCGCAGCUUGCUGUGGUCCGACCUAUCGGUCUGCCAGAUCCCGAUGUAUGAUAUCCAGCUUGGUCACAAGGUCCCGGCUCUUGUUUUUAUGGCAAACAAUGGCAAGACAAACCAGAACGGGUGGACUGACGAGUUCAGCGCCUUUCAUCACUGCCUCGUCGAACUCUGCAGCAUCGGAUCGAUUGCGCUGCAGCUCUACAGCCAUUUCCACAUCCAGAACAAUACAGUUCCCAACUUCGGUGUGGACAUCACCGAUCGGAACUUUGGGGAGUACGGUCGGCGGGAUUGGUACUGGUAUCACGUCUUCUAUGCCUCGUGGCCGGACGCACCGAUGUCAUAUGAAGCCCAUCGCAGCCGCAUCAAUGCCCUUCACCUCCAACACGAGAUCUCCAUCACCAAGGUAACCCAUGCUGGCCAGUCUUUCGCAGCACAGAACACACGCAGCCACGGGGUUUCUGCAAGCGACACCAAGGCUUUGGGCGGGUGGAGCAAGAGUGGAUCAUUCCGCUCCUGCUACGAUCAUGAACUGCCCGUUGACGCGCUCGUUGGAUCGGCAAUGUUUAAUGCACGGCAACUGGGCACGUAUUUCAUCCCUCGGGAUGUCCUCGACCCACCAUUAUCACUCAAGACUGCCAUUUUCCCAUGGCUUGAAGAUCAAGAGCAUGUGAUGCGAGCGCGAGCUGAAGCAGAGGCGCUCGCGAAGGACAUCACCCUCGUCCAGUUCUUCAGGGUCCUCACCUGGUUUCGCCAUGUCCUGUUGCAGGACAUGGCCAUUCUCUACUCAUGGAACCCCAGCACGCUUGUAUUUCAGUAUCCGCCAUUCAACACUGCGACUUUCCGUGCUUUCACAGCUGACGCAGCCACUCACAUUCGCGUGGCUGAGGAGCAAAGCCGCCUCGCAUUUCAGCAUCUCCCGGAGCGAUUUGUCACCAGUGUCAAGGGCAUUGUGACGGGGCUGGAGUUGGCUCAGCAACGAGAUCAUGAACUCAACGAUGCGAGGUGGAAUGCACUGUCGCACGAUGUAAGUCAGCUCAAGACUCUGCUCGAAGAGGCAGUUUUUGCCCCAGUCCGCCGUAACUGCAAACAUCGAUGA